CUUUCCCGUGCUGCCCCGCGACUGGCUGUGGUGGUGCGAGUCGGUGGGUCCGGGGCUCUCGCUGGCCGCUCUCGCCGCUGCUGGGUCCCCGGCCGGUCCGGUCCGGUCCCGCCAUGGGCUCCCUGCUGAGCCGGCGCAUCGCGGGCGUGGAGGACAUCGACAUCCAGGCCAACUCGGCCUAUCGGUACCCGCCCAAGUCCGGAAACUACUUUGCAAGUCACUUUUUCAUGGGAGGUGAGAAGUUUGAUACCCCACAUCCCGAGGGUUACCUCUUUGGGGAGAACAUGGAUUUAAACUUCCUGGGGAACAGACCCGUUCAGUUUCCCUAUGUCACACCAGCCCCACAUGAGCCUGUGAAGACGCUGAGAAGUUUGGUGAAUAUCCGCAAAGAUUCUCUACGUCUUGUGAGGUAUAAAGAUGACCUAGACAGUCCUACUGAGGAGAACGGGAAGCAGAAAGUCCUGUACAGCCUAGAAUUCACCUUUGAUGCUGAUGCCCGUGUUGCCAUCACAAUCUACUGCCAAGCUACAGAGGAAUUCAUCAGUGGCAUGGCAGUAUACAGCACAAAGAAUCCUUCUCUGCAGUCAGAGACGGUUCAUUACAAGAGAGGGGUGAGCCAGCAAUUCUCCCUGCCUUCCUUCAAGAUUGAUUUCUCAGACUGGAAGGACGAUGAGUUGAACUUUGAUUUGGAUCGUGGCGUGUUCCCUGUGGUGAUCCAAGCCGUAGUGGAUGAAGGGGAUGUGGUGGUUGAAGUUACUGGCCAUGCUCAUGUCCUCCUGGCUGCAUUUGAAAAGCACGUGGAUGGCAGCUUCUCUGUGAAGCCUUUAAAACAGAAGCAGAUUGUGGAUCGGGUGAGUUACCUGCUUCAGGAGAUCUAUGGCAUCGAGAAUAAAAACAACCAGGAGACAAAGCCUUCCGACGAUGAGAACAGUGACAACAGCAACGAGUGUGUGGUGUGCCUGUCCGACCUGCGAGACACCCUCAUCCUGCCCUGCAGGCACCUGUGCUUGUGCAAUUCCUGUGCAGACACCCUGCGCUACCAGGCCAACAACUGCCCCAUCUGCAGGCUGCCCUUCCGCGCCCUGCUGCAGAUCCGAGCCGUGAGGAAGAAGCCUGGGGCUUUGUCGCCCGUCUCGUUCAGCCCCGUCCUGGCCCAGACCAUGGACCAUGAUGAGCACUCUAGCUCCGACAACAUCCCUCCAGGAUAUGAGCCCAUUUCGCUGCUGGAAGCAUUGAAUGGCCUCCGCUCCAUCUCCCCAUCCAUCCCUUCCGCUCCUCUGUACGAGGAAAUCAGCUACACCGGCGUGGUGGAUGGGCUGCCCCCUGCCGGCCGCCCGCUAGCCGGGAUUGACAGAGCCAUGGAGAGUGGCCCUCAAAAGAGCAAACGGAGCAAAUCUCCAGACAGUGCAUUACGAUCUCCUUCGUCUCCAAUCCAUGAAGAGGACGAGGAGAAGCUCUCUGAGGACUCGGACUCCCAGCCAGCGCUGAGCGGGGCUGAGCUGGUGCUGAGGGAGAACAGCUCUCCUGGAAGCAUGGUGGCUGAAGAAAUCGAGGAGAUCUCGUCCCUGCAGCAAGGUAGCCGCCUGCCCUCCAUGGAAGACAUCCUGCCGGAGAGCAGCUGCAGCGAGCACAGGAGCCUUACGCAGUCAGAGAGCGACCCCCCAGUCGAUGUGUACCUGCCAGGGUCAUCCGACUCCGAAACCCUUCCAAGCCAUGGCGCCAACAGUCCCACUCAGCCCCUCCUCUUCAACCAGCCCCGGUUCCGUCCGGAGGACGCGCGCAGCCUUUCCUUCCGCCCAAGCCUGCGGGGGUCUCAACUACAUCCCAAGCCACACGCACAAGCUCUCUUCUCCCCGAGGGAGCUGGGAGCCGCCCGCGCCCUGCAGGGCCCCCAACUGACUCUCUGAUCAUGGCUCAGGUGUGUUAAAUGAGUCUGUAAAUGGGGCAAGAGGAAGGCAGGCGCUGCCCCCUGCAGCAGGUUCGAACCAGGCUCCCUGGGGCCCUGGCGCCCACUUUCCUCUUGGGACUGGCCGCUCCCCUCACCAACGGGCACAAUUUUUGCACAGGUUGGUUUUUUAAAGAUGUUUAAAGUACUUCCCGUUCUAACCCCUCCGCCCCCUUCCCCCCCCCGAGGAGCCAGCGGGAGGGGGCUGGUGGGGGGUGCAAAUGAAGGACACUCCCUUGUAUAUUUUGUACACACGAUGACUGCUUGCAGCUGUGGGCUGGCGCUGCCCCUCCCCUGUAAAUCCCUUGCAGGCCGGCCAGGCUCUGUUCUGUUUUCUCCUGGGGGCACCCAGCCCAGGGCAGUCUGUAGCUGGGCUCAUGUGGCACCUCCUCUCCUCCAGGCGUCGGUCCCCUGGGCGUGGCAUUGCCUCCUGGCCAGCUGCUGACCCCAUGAUUGCUUUGCAGCUGGCGCUCGCUCCCCUGCAGCCUUGUGUGGGAGGAGCAGGGUGGACGGGCUCAUGCCUUCCCCUGCAAAGGGACGAGGGCCCCGGCUGCACUCACUGGGGGGACAGCCCCUCUGCAGGGAGCCUGCUCCGGGUCGGUCCUUCCCAGGGAAGAUCCAGCCAAAUCUCAAGCGUGGGGCACACGCGCCACCACUCCCCUUCCUGAUCCUGCACCAGGGCUCUUGGAUUCAGCCACCCCUGCUACCCUGCCCCCUCCAGCCCGUGUGUGGCUCCUCCCUGCCAGGCCCUGGUUCCUGGGCCCUCAGGUGCCAUGCCUGGCUGCAGGCAGGCUCUUACCUAGCUCACAGCCAGGGCAGCCUGGUCUGUCAGCACCCGCGGGCUCCAGGGUGGCUUUCUGAGCUCCUUAGACACAAGCACAAGCGUCCUGCCGGAAGGUGGGGACUUUGCCCCGCCAGGCAGCCACCAGCAGCACCUGCUUGGCUCCCUGCAAGGCCAGGGCCAGCAGGGCCUUGCUGAGUGACACUGUUCAGGGGAGCCCUUAGGGAGAAUAGCCCGUUCCUCGUCCUUUACUACUCUGCCCACUUUCCCUGCUGCGGCGAGGCCCGGGCACCUGCUCCUCCCAGCUCUGGAGAGACCCUUCCCCGGCCUCAGUCCCAGCCCCUGGCAUCUCCCCGUAGUCCCUGCACCACUGUGGUGUGUCUGAGCCUGGCCUGCAGAGAGUGGGGAGCAGCGCACUGGCAGUGCUAGGCCUUGUUACAGCUGUGGGCCCCAAAGGUGGGGGAGGAGCAGCCCGGCAGCUUGUCUCACCCUGGCUGGGACAGGGCCGAUGAGUCAAGCGCUCAGCUCUGGGUGGGGUCAGACCCAGCAUCUCUCCAAAGCUAGCAGCUCCACACUCAGCAUGCAGCACUGCCAGCAGUGAGGCCCAGGGAGGGCGAGAAGGGUCCUGCCGCCUGCUAUGGGAUUCCUGCCAUGGUGGGGCCUGGGAAAGGCCUCCAUGGCAGAGAACCACUCCCCAACCCAGGGCCCCUUUGAGUUGCAGCCAGCUCCCCCCAUCCAGGUAGGGCCUUUAUGAGGCAGGAGAUCAGCCCUGGGCCCCCACUGCGAUCCUGGGCUCGGGUGUGUCUGUUGCUGAGGAGAUGGGGUGUGCAUUGUAGCAGUGGAGGGGGCAGUCUUCCCAAUGCUCUGUUGCGGCCCCUGCCCCAGAGAGCAGGCAUGGCCAUGGCACAGGGAGAUGCCAUGAAAAGCAUCCCCUAGCCCUCGCUGCUGACUGCAGUGACUCCCUUUGGCAGUAGGGCAGCUCCCAUCACCGCUAUCUUCAGGGGCAUGACUCUCUGCCCCUCGUCCUAACCUACUGCUGCAUGGUCACUGGGCAGGGUUCCAGACGGGGCUAGCGGGGCGUGGGGGUGCUGGCAGCCUGCGGGACUGAGGGAGACCUGCACUCUGCGCACAGCUUCAGACUGGGACCUGGAGCAGGGGGCGUUUGGGCACCUGCCUUUCCCCACUGUACAUAGCCAGCGCCCGUGGCCUCAUUGGUGCCCUCUUUGCCCGCCUUGAUCGAUGUCGCUCAGUGCGGUGACCUUGCCGUGUGCCUUGUUCCUGCUUUCUGUGCUGUGGGGAGUCUCCCACCCCACCCCUGGGGCUGGCCCGGACCCUGCAGGAGUCUCCUGUCCCUGCUGGGAGCUGUGCCCACAAGGACCCAUUCCCGUGGGCAGGUUUGUGUGCAUGGCUGCUGGACGCUGCCGUCUGCUUCCGUUUGCUGUCACGCCUUUCGUUCUCUGCUCCUCCCCAGCGAGAUGGGCCAGCCCCCUGUCUCCCCCGGCAGGGAUUUCUGGGGGCUCCUCCCUUUGUUCCUCUGUUUAGAGUAAUAAAUCCAUGGAGCAAUA